UCGCCACACCACACAUAAGCAACGGAGAUACCGAUGAGCGCGGGGUAUAAUUGGAAAAACCAAACACCGAAAAACUAGGUUUGGUCGAUUUAUUGUGUAAAGAUUCGUGCGGGGACACAUGUCAUCAUCUCACCAAUGGUGCUAGGUCACUAUUAGCUCCUGGAGUAGGAGUACAUCCUCUCAAACCAUCAUCUCUCUCCGGCGGGUUCUGCCGCCGCCUACGCCGGCAACCGAGCUCGCUGCUCGUCUUCCUCCUCGAUCCGCCGGUGCACCGGGGAUCCCAACUCCACUGCUAUUCUUGGGGGGAGCGGCGGCGAUGGACUACACCAACGCCAUCCACAUCAUCCCGGACGCCGCGGGCCCCGACGCCUGGGCGAACGCGGCGGGAGGGGACUCCGGGAUUUGGGCCACCGAGGAUGACUACAACAGCCAGUGGAACGCCGACGGCGGGGGCGGCUACGGCGGCUCCUCGCAGCCGCAGUCGAGGGCCGGGAGCGAGCAGCCGCCGCCGGGGAAGAAGUCCCGCGGCGGCGCGCCCGGCGGCGGCGGCGACAGCAGCAAGUCGCGGGCGAUCGGCAAGAUGUUCUUCAAGACGAAGCUGUGCUGCAAGUUCCGGGCGGGGACCUGCCCCUACGUGACCAACUGCAACUUCGCCCACGGCAUGGAGGAGCUCCGCAAGCCGCCGCCCAACUGGCAGGAGAUCGUGGCGGCGCACGAGGAGGCGACGGAGGCGAGGGAGGAGCACCAGAUCCCCAUCAUGACGUCGUCGGGCCCCGCCCCCGGGGACGCCGGCUCCGGCAGGGCCUACAAGGGGCGCCACUGCAAGAAGUUCUACACCGACGAGGGCUGCCCCUACGGCGACGCCUGCACCUUCCUCCACGACGAGCAGUCCAAGGCGAGGGAGAGCGUCGCGAUCAGCCUCUCCCCCACGGUCGGCGCCGCCGGGGGCUACAACUCCGCCUCCGCCGCCACCGCCGCCGCCUCCUCCGCCGCCGCCAAUGGCCCCGCGCAGAAGCCGUCCAACUGGAAGACGAGGAUCUGCAACAAGUGGGAGAUGACUGGCUACUGCCCCUUUGGAAGCAAGUGCCACUUCGCUCAUGGAGCCGCCGAACUCCACAAGUAUGGUGGGGGACUUGUUGACCUGGACAGCAGGGAUGCUGCAUCAACUCCUGACUCCAAGCAGGCUGCGGCAUCUGCAAAAGCUCCGACAGAUACUGCCAUUGCAUCCACCGCAGCGCCUCCUCACGCAGAUGUGUACCAUCUAGGCGUGCAGGCGCAGCGUUCUACCAUCGUCAACCAAAGGUCUGGGCAGGUACAGAGGCCCAUUCAGAAAUGGAAGGGCCCUGACAAGAUCAGCAGGAUCUAUGGUGACUGGAUAGACGAAACCGAGUAGGCGAAACUGGCCUUGGUCCUUCGUCGCCACCAUCUCAAGGCGAAAACGAGAUGGUUUAGCUAGCCAUUUGGAAAACCUGUCUUGAGAGAAGAAAAAUGAGAAACAAAUUAGAUAGCCAUUUGGAACCCUGGUGUCAAGACGGAGUUUGGGUUGUUAGACUGAACUUUAUGCUGUGCUGUCUCUCUUGUAUGCAUCAUACUUGCUGCUUACCUGUACUGAGAGGUUGGAUAUGAUUUUCUGUAAGUCUGCAUCCUUGUCACUUUUUUCUGUUGUUCACUUGCUAUGCGUAUGGUUUGUGGAUCUAGAUUCAGUGACAUUGCCUCGUGACAUUCAUGUUAGAGAAUCCGCGUCUAUGGUUUGCUGGCCCAUUGGAUUAGUCAUACACUU